UAAAGUGUUUCUGGCCCUGACUCUUCUUUCGAACUCCCAAAUCACAGAACAAACUCUAAUGGACAUCAACCAUUUGGGUUGAUGGCACCUCAAACUCAAUGUAUCCAAGUCCAAAGUCAUGAUCUGCUCCCUUGAGCCUGUUUAUCCCCUAGACUUUCUCAUCUCAAUAAACACACUGCCAUCUACUCAAUUGCUUGAGCUAGAAACCCAUGAACCAUUAUUGCCUCCUCCUUUUUCCUGUGACAUCUGAUCAAUCACCAAGUCUUACUGUGUCCUCCCUUCUCCAUCCCUACUGCAACUCCCUCAGCCACGCCCACCAUUGUGUCUCAUGUGUCCCAAAACCCCUUACUGUUUUUCCUGCCUCCUGAGUUGGCCUAUCUAAUUGUUUCUCAACAGAGUUGCAGUCAAAAUGAUCUUUCUAAUAUGAAAACCAGCCAAAUCCCUUCUCUGACAAAAAUUGUUGUCUGACUCAUUAGAAGUCCCUGCUGUACACUUCCACUGCAUCUGGUGAGGCCCUUAAUCAAUAAAAGAAACAAACCUUCACCUGCCAUCUCCCAAGGACAAACCUUACAACUCAAGGCCCAAGUCAAGAGAGUCUGAAUGAAAUGUUGACUUUCUCCUCUAGUUUGACUUUCAUUACAACACUGAAGGAUUCAAACUGGACUCUCCUCAGAAGGGAACUUUGUGCUUGUGCCAGUUCAGCCUUUGUAAAAGCCUUGACUGGAUUUACUGCAAGUCCGUUUCUCUGCCCUACACAUACUGUGGAUUUCCUGUUUUAGCAUUUCAAUCACUUGGAAUGACCAAAGUCUCGAGUUCUGGAACUUCUAGAUUUCAUCUAAAAUGAAUGCUUAUUUUACAUUGAUGAGAAACAGUUUCUCUAUGAAAUUGUGAUAUCUUUAAGACUUUGACUUGGAAAAGGACCACAUGGGAGAAACAAAUCUUUGAGCAGUCCCAGGACCUCCCGAAAUAAUAGCCAAGACUGCUCCUGAGACCUCCUGCCAUGUACCCCAACCCUUUCAUCUAUUGCACCUGCUGGGACCCUUGGAACUUGGGACCACAGAAGAUAAUCAAGACCCCUCAGCCACCAACCAACCCCUCCACAGGGAAGCCCAAGCUAACUCCUCAUCCUCCAGCUGCAAAAAAACAAAAUUACACCCCACCAACAGCAAAACCUGUUGUUGCCCCAAAAAUGAAAAUCCACUCAGCAAAACAAGAGGAGAGCAAUAAAUCACCUUAUGAACUGAUAAAUGUGUCACCUGGCUACGGCCUCAUUCGAAACAAGGAGCAGACUUCCAUCACCUUGGGAGAUGAAAUGUUUGGUAAGAAAAAGGGAUCGCAACCGGAGACCAUGGACAGAGUCAAAAUUUCCAGGACUGAUAUCAUUACUGACCUACAAGAGCAGAUCUCAGAGUUGACAGUGAUCAUUGAGCAAAUGAACAGAGACCAUCAUUCUGCCCAGAAAUUGCUCUCCGAUGAAAUGGCUCUCUGCUGUGCUGAGAUGCAGCAGAACUUCGAAAACAAGAACAGGGAGCUCAAAGAGGCUCAUGCAGCAGAGCUCAGUCAGUUGGAGAACAACUACAAAGCAACACUGAGGGCAGAGAAGCUGGCUGCCCAAGCAAAACUAGAUGAGAUGGGAAAAGAAUAUAAGUACUUGAAGAAUAUGUUUCAUAUGUAUCAGGACAGCAUUUAUGAUGAAAUGGAAGAUAAGUGGUUGAAGAAGAAGGCAGAAUGGGAGAAGGAUGAGAAGUUGGAGUGGGAAAAGAUCUUCCUACAGCAAAAAUGUAAUAUGGCAAAAAAGUUUGAGUUAGAGUCAGAAGAAGAAAAGAAGAAAAUAAAUGACUCCUACAGUACUGUCUUUGAGAACUUCAGUCGAGAGAAAGAGGAGCUACUGAAACAACAUGAAAAGGACACCUUGCAAUUAGAGGAGCUGAGAAAGACCAAACAGGUCAUGGAGAAAGAGUUGAAUGCACAGUCUGUUGUCCUAGAAUCACUUAACACAACCCUCUACCAAACCCAGAUGGAACUCCAGAGAGAGAAAGCUACAGUGGGAAAUCUGGAGAAAACACUCCAAACCAAGCUUGCCGAGACUGAAGAAAAGUUUAAAUCCACCAUACAGCUUCUGACAAAAGAAAAUAUUCAUCUAAGGCAAAAAAUAAUUGUCAAGAAUGAAGACAUUUAUGAAGAACGAUCUGGGAGGUCUCUCGCUAUGUAUGGGAAUGAUUCUGAUACUUUAGAAGAUGAUAACAGUGAAAAAUAAGAAUUAUGAGCAGAAAAGUUGUUCUCCAAUAUGAAAGAUGGUAGGAACACAUCUCUAUAGUCUUAAACAAUUCCUGUGAGGGUUUCUUGAGAAAUGUAUUUUAUAAGUUUAGUUCAUGGAUUGCUUUGGUUCUACUUUUGUCUUUUCACAAUUUUCUUUCUUCUAAGUGGUUGAGAAUGUUUGAAUUUUCAUCACAGUUUUAUCAAUUUUCAAGACUCUUCAUUGAAAAGUGAUGUUCCCUAUACCCGGACCUAAACUUUCUCUGGGUAUUGUAUUAUUUUCUCUUCUACAUUUACACAUUUCAUUAUGAAAACACUGAUCUGAAGAACUUGUUCCUAUUAAAUGUUGACUAUA